CUCGUUUUUUCUUCGCGUGGAGCCUGCAUGUUUGCACUACGUGACUGAAAGUUAUGUGUUGGCUGGAUUGGAAUUAGAUAUCGAUCCCGGCCCUGAAAAGAAAGGCAUGCCUUCCCCUGGAGACUGCAGGGACCGGUUUUCUACAGACGAGGAGAGGAAGAAGCGCACGGAGCAGGUGUCUCGCCUGCCCUUCAGCGUGGACGCGCUCAUGUCCGACACGAGGCGGCUGCAUGCGACGGACAGGAAACAUGGAAAUCCCUCGCUCAGGCCGGAGGAGUUUCCUCAACGUUUGGUAUCCAUUAAAUCAGAGCCAUCGGGAAAGUGGAACUGUGGUUCCUGGAUAUCCAGCCCCAUUAAGAUCUCAACACCUCAGCGGCAGCUCAGUCCAGCAGUUUGCUCCUUGAGGAAGCACAAAACCAACCGCAAGCCUCGCACUCCCUUCACCACUGUGCAGCUCCUGGCCCUGGAGAGAAGGUUUCGUCAGAAGCAGUACCUCUCCAUCACAGAGCGGGCCGAGUUCUCCUCCUCUCUUUCACUGUCCGAGACCCAGGUCAAGAUCUGGUUCCAAAACCGACGAGCUAAAGCUAAAAGGAUUCAGGAGGCAGAGGUGGAGAAACUCAAAAUAGCGGCUGGCAUUGGGCCGAAAACGUUGUUCCCCCCAGGCCUCCCAUCUUUAGGUUUCCCCCUCAGUAUUAACCUGCAGGCUGGAUCAGCAGUUCUCUACGGACUGGGCUGCUCAUACGGCAGCAGCCCCAUUCUUCCUGCUGCACAUCUGUACGCCUCCCAUGUCGGCCACAGCCUGUACCACCGCUCCUGAGAGGAAGCAGCAUUAUACAGACUAGGUGAUCUGGAUGUGUUUGUGGAAAACAAGAGGAAAAGAGUGUCUGUUGAAGUCAUGCACCUUAUAAAACCCUUGAUUAAAAGGCCCUGAACUGGAGCUGAAGCUUUAUGAUGUUCUGUGGUCCUGAGUUACGAGAAUCUCUUGUAAAGGCCCUCUUACAAAGAUAAGCAUCUGGAGGAUCCUCCUUUGCUGAUUCAGCAGGGGUCACUGCUAAUGAAAGGAUUAUUGAUCAGGCCAUGUGUAUCUGAUUUUUGAUACACAUGGCCUGAUCAAUACCUGACCAGGUUGAAUUUAUAGAAGCUUUAUUGAAUUGUUUUCCAUAUUCUUGUAUUUCCAGCCUAAAUGAAAAUACCAAUUUUCUUUAUUGGCGUUGAAUAUGCAGGGAUAUUGUAUUGUAUACUUCUUAGAGUAGAAAGAGGCUUUAUUCUGAGAGUUAUUACCUUGUGAAGUGCACUCUUGCAUAUGCCAAAGCAUUUUCAAUGACAUAAUAAUUUAUAAUAGCCCUUAGUGUC